AGCACCUAGUAAUGAUUAGACCAAACACUAUACCGUCCAAUCAGGCCACACAUGUGCGGCCUAAUGAUCACGACUAGACAGAUCUCGUUGAGCAAAAAUGAACAGUUUGCUUGGUCCACCACACAAAACCAAAACAAUGAUUGAGAACAAAUUCCAACAAGCCUUAAACCUAAAUUCUAACACGCAUGCAUAAUUUUGAUACAUUAAACACAAAUCAAUAACAAAGACACACAAUCAGAACAAUCAAACUUCUACCAUUACGUCAUGACAUAUCAACAUAAUGACAUAUGCAGGCGCGAUCUUGUAUGCUAUCUCACAAAGUGUGGUUUGUGUAUGAAGAAGAAAAUGAGAUUCACAAAAUUAAGAUUGAGACUUGAGUUUCGUUAUGAAGUUCAGCGAGUAAUCGAGCGAGUUACUAACAUGUAUAAAAAAGUGAGUUGGAUCCACGGUUUAAUUCGAUAAACUACAUUAUACACCAAACCAAGAGAUCAACACAUUCCAAGAUACAGACCCAAACUAUUAUUAGUGAUUUACGAUUUGAACUUAAUGGUGCAUUGCAUUCUAGUUUGGUCCACAAAUUUUAAAACAAUUUCGGCAAUAGGGUCUCGGGCCGAACCGAAAACCCUCUGCAUUUAUCCAACCCAACUGCUUCUUCCUUUUCCAGUCCUUUGCCGUACUGCUUUACUCUCUCCCUUCGUUUUCAGGGUUUUGCUCCAUUCUUUCGUGCGCCUCCCCUGCCCCAGCUAAGCCAGGAAAAAACCCUCUGCUUUCGGCUCUUGCCCGAACCAUCUUCUUUUGCCGCCGCUCGCUCCAUAGGCGAAGAAGGGUUUAUCUAUCUCUGUUUUCCCUUUUCCUCUGGCAUUUGUUUUACUCGGUCUUUGGUACGCUAUCUUCGGGACUCUGUAGUUAUUCUUAAGGCUGUUUUUCUCCCUCUUCCUUUAUUCCCCAUCAUAAUUUCCCGUAAUUUUUUCGUGUUCAGUUAAAAGGCUGGAACUUUUCAAUCCGAUAACCAGAAAUGGAGGCUUGCACUGGAACUGCAGUUAUGGGUUCUCUGCAGCAGCCCCUUUGGAGCAAGGGAACAGCUUUCGCUCCCAAGAAGUCUACUUUUGUUCUCUUCCCGCGCCACGUUAAGCUCCAGUCCUUAAAACCCUGUAAAGCGUCUCUUGAAGGCAGUUUGGUGACUGGCAGGCCUCCCUCAUCCGUUUCUGUGCCGAUUCCAGAAGCUGAAGGUGAUACAAGUGGCUUCCAGGACCAUGCACUUAACAAUGCUGAUCCUGAGGUUCAUGACAUUAUCAGAAAGGAAAAGGAAAGGCAGUUCAAGAGCCUGGAGCUCAUUGCCUCCGAGAAUUUUACUUCUCGGGCAGUUAUGGAGGCUGUUGGUUCUUGUCUGACUAACAAGUAUUCUGAAGGAUUACCUGGUAAAAGAUACUAUGGUGGAAAUGAACAUAUUGAUGAGCUUGAAACACUAUGUCAAGAAAGAGCUUUGGCCGCUUUUCACUUGGAUGGAAACAAGUGGGGUGUUAACGUGCAACCAUUGUCUGGUUCCCCUGCCAAUUUUGAGGUUUACACUGCGAUUCUUAAACCACACGACCGUAUCAUGGGUUUGGAUUUGCCACAUGGAGGACAUUUGUCUCAUGGAUUCAUGACUCCUAAAAGACGGGUGUCUGGCACUUCAAUAUAUUUCGAGUCUAUGCCCUACCGGCUUGAUGAGUCCACAGGUCUGGUUGAUUAUGACAUGCUUGAAAAGACUGCUAUUCUGUUUCGACCAAAACUUAUCAUUGCUGGUGCUAGUGCCUACCCUCGCGAUUUUGAUUAUCCUCGCAUGAGGAAAAUAGCGGAUUCUGUUGGUGCUUUUCUCAUGAUGGAUAUGGCUCACAUAAGUGGACUAGUUGCAGCCUCUGUGGUUGGUGAUCCGUUUGAGUACUGUGAUGUUGUGACAACAACAACACACAAGUCUCUACGAGGUCCAAGAGGUGGGAUGAUCUUCUUUAGAAAGGAACCUGUUCUCGGUGUUGAUCUAGAAACUGCCAUCAACAAUGCUGUGUUCCCCGGAUUACAGGGAGGUCCUCAUAAUCAUACAAUUGGAGGACUAGCUGUAUGCUUGAAGCAUGCUCAAUCUCCUGCAUUUAAAAGUUACCAGAAGCAGGUCAUUGCCAAUUGCAGGGCACUAGCACAACGACUAGGCGAAUUGGGAUAUAAGCUUGUUUCUGGAGGGAGUGAUAAUCACCUUGUUCUUGUAGACGUGAGGCCAAUGGGAAUUGAUGGAGCUCGAGUGGAGAAAAUCCUGGACUUGGCUUCCAUCACGCUCAACAAGAACUCAGUCCCAGGCGAUAAAAGUGCCUUGGUACCUGGUGGAAUUCGCAUUGGUUCGCCUGCCAUGACUACCAGAGGGUUCAAGGAGAGCGAAUUUGUGGCAACAGCCGAGUUGAUUCACGAAGGGGUGCAAAUAGCACUGGAAGCUAAAUCAUUAGCUUCAGGGCCAAAGCUGCAGGACUUCUUGAAGUUCGUUGCAUCGCCAGAGUUCCCUCUACAAGAUAAACUGUCGGAUCUUAGGAAACGUGUUGAAGGGCUGACGACCCAGUUCCCCAUUCCCGGAGUAUGAGCGACGAGGAUGAAUGUGGGUGGGUGGAUGGAACAUGGGAUGAGUUAGGGUUAAGAUGAUGCGAAGCUUAUGUAGCAAGUCUAUCGAAGGCAAGUUACUUUGAGAACCACUAUGGUAUUAGGUGAAAGAUAAUGCUGCCGUUAUCUGCAAUGGCAAAAUUUUGCAGCUCGUAUGUGUUUGAGUUAAACGACACAUUGCCUUUAAUAGCUUACCCUGCUUCUCUGAGACCGAGGGAUAUUAUGCUAUAGUAGAUCUGAGCUGGGUUUAGGACCUUAGGUUCCUUUCUGGUUAUGGUUUCAGCACUUCGGCGAAAUAUGUCUACUAAAUAUAUCGGCAAUGGCACGAAUCAAGCCAGAUUUAUUACAUCAACAAUGUCACGUAUUAAACAUAACAUAUCGGC